AUGCCUUUUUCCUCUGAGCAAUUCACUACUAAGUUAAAUACGUUGGAAGAUUCCCAAGAAUCUAUUUCCAGUGCUUCAAAGUGGUUGCUUCUACAGUAUAGAGAUGCUCCCAAAGUGGCAGAAACAUGGAAAGAAUAUAUGUUACGUCCUAGCGUAAACACAAGAAGGAAGUUGUUGGGCCUUUAUUUAAUGAACCAUGUUGUUCAACAGGCUAAAGGCCAAAAAAUUAUUCAAUUCCAAGAUUCCUUUGGAAGGGUGGCAGCAGAAGUGUUGGGAAGGAUUAAUCAAGAGUUUCCGAGGGAUCUGAAAAAAAAGCUAUCAAGAGUUGUGAAUAUCCUAAAAGAAAGAAACAUUUUUUCCAAGCAGGUAGUCAAUGAUAUAGAAAGAGGCCUUAAAACCGAGAGCUCACCAGUCGAAGCAUUAGUGUUACCCCAGAAACUGAAAGAUUUUGCUAAGGACUAUGAAAAAUUAGCGAAAAUGCAUCAUAACGUUUGCGCUAUGAAAAUCAGAUUUGACAAAUCAUCAGAUGAAUUGGAUCCAUCCAGCUCAGUUUACGAGGAAAAUUUUAAGACGAUAAGUAAGAUCGGGAAUAUGGCCAAAGAUAUAAUAAAUGAAUCAAUUCUCAAAAGAGAAAGCGGUAUUCAAAAACUGCAAAGCACGCUGGAUGAUGAAAAAAGGCAUCUAGAUGAGGAACAGAAUAUGCUAAGUGAAAUAGAAUUUGUUUUAUCUGCUAAAGACCCAUCCAGGCUAAAUAAUAACGUUGAUGAAGACAAUAUUAUUCCCACAUAUGAAGUGGGUGAUGGAGACGACGAUGACGACGAUGAAGAAGAUAAUGGCAACAAUAACGACGAUGAUGAUGAUGAUGAUGACCAUGACAAAAAUUACGACAAUGGAUCCAAUGAUAACAGUUUUGGAGUUGGUAAUAUUAACACAAUAGAGCAGAAGAAUGAAGUUAUAGACGAAACGAAUAGCGAACACAAAAACUCUACAGAAAAUUCUGGUGACAUCCAAUUUGGCAUAAAACGACCACAUGAUAUGAUAGCCCAUGAUGACGCUAAUUACAUACCGGAGAAAAAGGUUCAUCUUGAUUCGAAGACAAGUGAAGAUGGUACUUCCAACAGUGAGGAUGGCCACUAUGAGUUAGAUAUGGAAGGCCAUGUUGGCGCACAAACUGACGAAGGUGUUGAGAAUUCCGGGGGGGUUUCUUCUAGUAUACAAGACUUGUUAAGUAAACUUGCGAAUUAA